CCCCCAAAUCACUCUCUUCCCUCAUUACUUAUUUGCUUGGAGGGAGAAGGAAAAGUAGUGUAAAGAAUGUACCUGUUUGGGUCACUCACGAUUCCAUUCCAAUUUUUCUCCCCUGGGAUGGAGACCCCGAGGGUAAUCGGGACUGUGGGACCGGUCGAAGAUGGCAGUCUUCAGGGACCGACCGCGCCCCGACCAGUGCCCCGACUUUGCACGAUUUAAGCGAGGAGAGAGAUGAGCCCUGCCGCCAGCCCCAACAGGGCCUUAAGGCUUGUUAUUGACUCAGCUCCCCCGUCUCGUCUUUCCUUACCCUCCAACCCUCAGAUUCGUUGCUACCCCGAAGCCCCCGCCAUGCCUCACAUAGACAACGACGUCAAACUGGACUUCAAGGACGUCUUGCUGAGGCCCAAACGCAGUACCCUUAAGUCUCGAAGUGAGGUGGAUCUCACUAGAUCCUUUUCAUUUCGCAACUCAAAGCAGAUGUACACUGGGAUCCCCAUCAUUGCUGCCAAUAUGGACACAGUGGGCACCUUUGAAAUGGCCAAGGUCCUCUGUAAGUUCUCCCUCUUCACUGCUGUCCACAAACACUACAGCCUGGAGCAGUGGAAAGAGUUUGCCAGCCAGAAUCCUGACUGUCUUGAGCAUCUGGCUGCCAGCUCAGGCACAGGCUCUUCUGACUUUGAGCAGCUAGAACAGAUCCUGGAAGGUAUUCCUCAGGUGAAAUAUAUAUGCCUGGACGUGGCAAAUGGCUACUCUGAACACUUCGUUGAAUUUGUGAAGGAUGUGCGGAAACGCUUCCCUGGCCACACCAUCAUGGCAGGGAAUGUGGUAACAGGAGAGAUGGUGGAAGAGCUGAUCCUCUCUGGUGCUGACAUCAUCAAAGUGGGAAUUGGACCAGGUAAGCUGGCUUACUGGGGGACAUUGGCUCUUUUCAGUGGCACAGAGCUAUGGAGCACUUCUCUCUCAUCCUUGUCAUUCUUCUCAGGCUCUGUGUGUACCACCCGGAAGAAAACUGGAGUCGGGUACCCACAGCUUAGUGCAGUGAUGGAGUGUGCAGAUGCUGCUCAUGGCCUCAAAGGCCACAUCAUUUCAGACGGAGGCUGCAGCUCUCCUGGGGAUGUGGCCAAGGCUUUCGGGGCAGGGGCUGACUUUGUGAUGCUGGGUGGCAUGCUGGCUGGGCACAGUGAGUCAGGUGGUGAGCUCGUCGAGAGGGAUGGCAAAAAAUACAAGCUCUUCUACGGAAUGAGUUCUGAAACAGCCAUGAAGAAGUAUGCUGGGGGCGUUGCUGAGUACAGGUCCUCAGAGGGAAAGACGGUGGAGGUGCCCUUCAAAGGGGAUGUGGAACAUACCAUCCGAGACAUACUUGGAGGCAUCCGUUCCACAUGUACGUAUGUAGGAGCAGCUAAGCUGAAGGAGCUGAGUCGGAGAACUACCUUCAUCCGUGUCACCCAGCAGGUGAAUCCAAGCUUCAGUGUUGUGAGCUAGGUCUGAGCAGGUCUGCCCUCCCAAGGCACCAGCAUCAAACUGCAGGGCCUCCCACGUGGGCCCCUCACCCAUCCCAGCUGCUGUGACUGUUAUGUGAUCACCUCACUCCUGAGAGUUCCUGCAAUAAUGUGUCUAUCUGCAUCCACAAAACGCACUCACUAGGGAGGAAGCAAGGAAGGCAGGCUGAGAAAAUGAAGUUGAUAAUCAAAUGGGAAUCUGGAGACUCGGCUUCUGAAGAUUACUAAAAGAAAAAGAUAGUGAUUCAUACAGUACAUAAAGGUUUUAGAUAUGGCCAUGGUCUUAAGAGGUAGGCUUUUAGAAUCAUGUUUUGCUAAUCAGCUUCAUUAAAUGCAAUCUUUGAAUAUCUAAAAA